GAGCGCGCGCCCGCCCGCGCCUCCUUCGCCCCAGCUGACCAGACUCUCCUCAGCCCCGGCCGCCGGGCUGCCCGUGCGCCCUCCCCGCCACCAUGAACACGAUCGUCUUCAAUAAGCUCAGCAGCCAAGUGCUCUUCGAAGACGCUGCCAAGGAAAGGGAGAGGAGCAGCAGCCGGCCUUACUCCGGGGUCUUGGACGUGUCCACCCACCCGGAGGUCCUCAUUCCUGACAGCCCGUCCAUGAAAGACAACCUCAGCCUUCGACAUAGGAGAACAGGUACCCGACAGAACAGUGGGAAAGUGAGGCACAAGCGCCAGGCAUUGCAAGACAUGGCGCGGCCGCUAAAGCAGUGGUUGUACAAGCACCGAGACAACCCAUACCCCACUAAGACUGAGAAGAUCUUGCUGGCUCUUGGCUCCCAGAUGACUUUGGUGCAGGUAUCAAACUGGUUUGCCAAUGCAAGACGUCGCCUUAAAAAUACUGUCCGGCAACCAGACCUUAGCUGGGCUUUGCGAAUCAAGCUAUACAACAAGUAUGUUCAAGGAAAUGCUGAAAGACUUAGUGUAAGCAGCGAUGAUUCAUGUUCAGAAGAUGGUGAAAACCCUCCCAGAAGCCAUAUGAAUGAAGGGGGAUACAACACGCCCGUUCACCACACCGUGAUUAAGACUGAAAGCUCAGUAAUUAAAUCUGGAGUUAGACCAGAAGGAAGUGCCAAUGAGGAUUAUGUAUCGCCCCCCAAGUACAAAAACAGCUUGUUGAACCGCUACCUGAAUGACUCGUUGAGGCACGUCAUGGCCACAAAUGCAGCCAUGAUGGAAAAAACAAGGCAAAGGAAUCAUUCGGGUUCGUUUAGCUCCAAUGAAUUUGAAGAGGAACUGGUGUCUCCGUCAUCCUCCGAGACUGAAGGCAACUUUGUCUAUCGGACAGAAACUCUGGAAAAUGGACCUAGCAAGUGUGAAAGUGCAGCUAACAGAAAGAGAUCAAACAAAGAUGAGACCUAUUGGAAGGAGAUCAACGCAGCAAUGGCCUUAACCAACCUUGCACAAGGAAAGGACAAACUCCAGGGGACAACCAGCUGCAUCAUUCAGAAAUCGUCACACAUAUCAGAAGUAAAGACUGUCAAAGUGCCACUAGUACCACCGUUUUAAAGAGAGUUGUUGCUUUUCUUUCCAACACAAGUGGACAUUUAUUUUUCAUGCCAUUGGUUC